UUCUGGCUCAACAGGUUACUGCUGCCACUGCUGUUCUUAGCACUUGCCUGGAAUCUAGGUGGGGCUCCCUCCUCCCUAAGAGCUGAUUAAAAAGCACAAAGCUUACUCAUUGACAUCACAGGCACACAGACACAAGCCUAGUCUGAGGAAGACUCCUCUCAGGACUUGUUCACCCAUCUUCUGCUGAAAGUUGCCUGCCCAAAAUGGUUACGUGCAGCUUGGCCUGCUGGAGGUGUAGAUGGCUCCUGCCCCUUCUCCUGGGUUUAGCUAUUAUCCUUGGCAUAAUUGCGUUGGCUGGCAGGGGAUGGUUGGAGUCUGCCGAGGAGCCUUAUGUACGUCAAGCAUCUCUCUGGUGGGAUUGCAUAAAAGCAAAUGAGAAUGACAACAGCUGGGGAUGCAAUUCCCUUAUGAAUUACAGUUGGGGAAGAGCUGCUGCUGCUACAUAUCUUGUUGGCUUUGUCAUCCUCUGUAUCUGUUUCUGCCUAGCAAUCAUAGCAUUUUCCAUUGAUAUUCUACGGUUUAACUUUGUUCGAGGCAUUGGUGGCUUGCUGUUCGUCGUUGCUGUUUUCCAGAUUUUAGGCUUGGUCAUCUAUCCAGUCAUGUUCACAGAAGACAUUCCAUUGACGGGAAGUAACAUGUUCAGUUGGGCCUAUGGCUUUGGUUGGGCAAGCACUAUUAUUGUGAUAGGCUGUGCAUUCUUUUUCUGCUGCCUCCCCAACUGGGAAGAUGAAGUCCUGGGUAACAUAAAACCGUACCCCAUCUACAACAGUUACAAUGGUGGUGGUGGUGGUUACAGUGGUACCAUUGAACGUGUUUGAUAUGGAGAUUGCUUUCAGUAAAUAAAAACAAUAUUGUUUCUGA